CAAGAUGAACUGGCAGGGUCUCCUGUCCAUUGGAGUAUUCUACAUUAUUGUUCUUGGAAUUGGCAUCUGGGCAUCUAGAAAGUCCAAAAUUGAAGAGAGGAAGUGCAAUGUGAGGCACAGUGAGGUUACGAUUGUUGGUGGAAGAAACCUCAACAUUUGCGUCAGCAUCUUCACCAUGACAGCCACCUGGGUUGGAGGUGGCUACAUAUUGGGAACUGCUGGACUUGUCUAUGACCCAACGAAAGGACUAUUGUGGGCAGUUGGACCACUUGCCUUCUCCUUAAAUAUGCUUAUUGGUGGAACAUUCUUCAUCACACCAAUGCGAUCCAAAAACUAUGUAACACUAAUGGACCCAUUUCAAGAAAAAUACGGUAACACAAUAGCAGCUGUACUUUUUAUUCCCGCUCUCCUAGCUGAUCUCUUUUGGGUGGCCUCUGUUCUAGGUGCACUUGGUGCUACAGUGAGUGUGGCCAUGGAUAUUUCUUUUACCCUGUCUGUAACCAUUUCCUCUGCUGUGGCAAUCAUUUACACAGUGUUAGGUGGACUCUAUUCUGUGGCCUAUACUGACGUCAUUCAACUCAUGUUUAUGAUUUUUGGUUUGGUAAGACCCCUUGCAUAUUAUUUAUAUAUUUUGAAUUCUUCAUUUAUUCGUAAGGCUGUCAACAUUAUGUUCUUUUCCAACUCUCAGUGGUUCUGUGUACCUUUUGUCCUAACAAGUACGUACUUUAACAACAUCACAGAGUCUGCAGUGAAAAGAGUAUACCAAGAACCAUGGAUUGGUCAGAUAAAGCUGGAGGACGCAGGUUGCUGGCUGGAUGACCUGAUGUUACUGGCCAUUGGAGGGAUUUGUUAUCAGGCUUUCUAUCAGAGAGUGCUUUCCGCUGCCUCUGAUGCUCAGGCUAAACUCACUUGUUUUGUGGGAGCUGUGUUGUGCCCAAUUCUGGGAAUCCCAUCUGUCCUGGUUGGAGCUGUGGCUGCAUCCACAGACUGGAACCAGACUUCCUUUGGGGAGCGCAGUCCUUAUGAACAGGGCAUGGCUGGCUUCAUCUUACCUAUAGCUCUAAAGCAUCUGUGUCCUUUCUUCGUCUCUGUGGUUGGUAUGGGUGCACUAGCUGCUGCAGUCAUGUCUUCAGUGGAUUCUGCUCUUCUGUCAGCUGCCUCCCAGAUCGCCAGAAAUGUUUACAAGAACAUCAUCUUUAAAAAGGCCUCAGAGAGAAGCAUAGUGGUUGUGAUCCGAGUGUCUAUUGUCCUGUGUGGCUUGUUGGGCACGCUCCUGGCCAUAACUUCAACUUCUGUGGUUCUGCUUUGGAUUGUCAGUGCAGAUGUCCUAUACUCAGUAAUGACGCCGCAGGUCUUUUGCACCCUCUUUCUGUCCCGCUGGGUGAACCACUAUGGGGCCUGCUCUGGUUUUGUGUUGGGACUCCUCCUGCGAGGUCUGGUCGGGGAGCCUCUGUUGGGUCUGCCCUCUGUGCUUCCUCUGCCCUGGGACAAGACACUGGAGGAUGGGCAAAUACAACAUGUGGUUCCUUUCCGCGCUGCAAUAGUCAUAAUCACCUUUGCAACUAAUCUUCUUGUGUCGCAGAUAUCAAUGCGGAAGUCAGCUAAAGGCUUUUUGAGGACAACAGAAGCUAGAAUAGAACUAAAAGACAUAAAAUGUGCAGAACAAUUUGAGCCUGAAUUGGAGGAAGAUUAAAGUGUGCUGUUGGAGCAACGGUUCUAAAUAUUGUGGAGUUAUGUUAAUGCCAUUAUACCAUUUCAGAUUAUCCAAACUGCUAUGAUAAAGUGGAA